CCAUGCGUGUAACACCCAAGACGAUUUGCGCCGACUCACACUGAGUUGUAUUGUGGUUGUUACCCCUGUUCUCUCCUCCUUCCCGUAUAAGAUGGUGGUUUGUGCCGCCAGCAGGUAGCCAACACCUUUACAAGCUGACAGAAAGGUUGGUUGGCUCCGUGACAACCGCUGACAGCUGCUAGAGACGGCAGCUUGCUGCAACCGUAUCCCAUAUAGGCAUACUUCUCCUUCAACAUCCUGGAGAGGAAGCUGCGAAAACAUAUAGGCAGGUGCAGCUCCCGUCCCUGUCCUAGACGUCCGGUCCAGUAGUGUGUGAUCGUAGGAUGUCCCGGAACCCUGGGGUGAAGGACGACCUGAUGGAGUGCCCACUGUGUAUGGAGCCGCUGGAGAUCGAUGACGUCAACUUCUUCCCUUGCACCUGUGGAUACCAGAUCUGUCGCUUCUGCUGGCAUCGAAUCAGGACGGACGAGAACGGCCUCUGUCCUGCCUGCAGAAAGCCAUACCCUGAAGACCCGGCGGUGUACAAGCCACUGUCGCAGGAGGAGCUGCAGAGGAUAAAGACGGAGAAGAAGCAGAAGCAGAACGAGAAGAAGCAGAAGAUCACCGAGAACAGAAAACAUCUGGCCAGCGUCCGGGUGGUGCAAAGAAACCUGGUGUUUGUGGUGGGGCUGUCACAGAGCGUGGCUGACCCCGAGGUUCUGAGGAGGCCAGAAUAUUUUGGGAAGUUUGGGAAGAUUCACAAAGUGGUGAUCAACAACAGCACAUCGUACGCUGGCUCCCAGGGGCCGAGUGCCAGUGCCUAUGUCACAUAUAUUCGUUCAGAAGAUGCUCUCAGAGCAAUCCAGUGUGUCAACAACGUGGUGGUCGAUGGCAGGACGCUGAAGGCUUCUUUAGGAACUACAAAAUACUGCAGUUACUUUUUAAAGAGCAUGCAGUGCCCCAAACCAGACUGCAUGUAUCUACACGAGCUGGGGGAUGAGGCUGCCAGUUUUACUAAAGAGGAGAUGCAGGCAGGAAAGCAUCAGGAGUAUGAGCAGAAACUACUACAAGACCUGUACAAAAGUAACCCGACCUUCCUACAGAGUCCAGCGGUGUCAGGGGACCGGUCGAAGGGCAAAGGCAACUCCUUACAGAGCUCCAGUAAAGACAGCCUAUCAUCAGACCCCGGGAGGAGUCCUCCAUCAGAGGGCUCAGACUGUGAACACUUGACCCCUGCGGGGCCCCAAACUGACCCAAGCCUGGACCCCGUACCGGCACUCUGUCCUUUCUCCUCACAGCUUGCUAGCCCCAGCCACACACUGACAGACAUCACCAGUAUAGGCAACGGUGAAACUGCACAACUGCUCCGUGGAGGCAGUGAGUCUCCGUCGCCCCCCCCUGGCCUCAGCAAGCCCAGUCUGCUGCUUCCCAUCAGUGUCCCGGGCCACACAGCCCGCUCCCCGUUCGAGGCGACUGCCGCCGAGUCCCAGUCCCUGUUCUCAGACAACAGUAACUUCAGGCAUCCCAACCCGCUGCCCAGCGGCCUGAGCGGCUUCCCCAGCUCCCCCCACAGCAACGCUGACUGGCCCACAGCGCCAGAGCCACAGAGCCUCUUCACCUCAGAUACCAUGCCGGUGUCGUCGUCCACAGACUGGCAGGCCGCGUUUGGCUUUGGCUCGUCCAAUCAACAACAGGACGACGACCUGGGCUUUGACCCGUUCGACGUCACACGCCGAGCUCUGGCGGACCUCAUUGAGAAGGAGCUCUCUGUUGAAGACAGCUUUGGCUCCGCCCACAGAACGCUAGGGCCCCUGGGAGGGUUCGCACCCUCUCAGCACGUCCCACAGCAUCAGCACCCUCGCAGGGCGGACUAUAGCUCCUUCAGCUUCCCCUACCACCCUCCAUCUUCCGCGUCCCCUGCAUCCUGUGGCUCCUGGAUGGCUUCCACCUCUUCACGCAGGAACUUUGUGCAUUUGAACCACACGGUCAGUGUGAUGGCCUCCCCCUCACACAGCAGAAUGGACUUGACAGUGCUGCCAGGACAUCGCAGUACUGGGCUUGGAGGACUCCCCGUCACAGAAAGCAGCAGCCGUGGAGAGAGUCUAAAUGUGAAGGAGUGGCAGGACGGCCUCAGAGCGCUGUUACCCAACAUCAACAUCAACUUUGGAGGGCUGCCCAACUCCUCGUCUUCCUCAUUGUCCUCCUCCUCCAAUGUCCAGCACACGGGGCCCCCAGGGCUUCCUCACAGCCUCUGCUGGGACCGCACAGCCAGAUGGAUGGACCCAGCCAUAAUCACCGGUAUCCCAACCUCCACUAGCAACGGUCUAGACUCUCUUCAAGACGACAACCCUCCACACUGGCUCAAGUCCCUGCAGACGCUCACAGAAAUGGACGCCCCGUCCAGCUCUGUCUCACAAAAUGGCUCCAUGGGGAGCCAGCCGCCCCCCCACAGAGCCGGCUGGGCGCACUACCCGGCCCCUAGCAGCCAGUUCCACUCCCCGCCGCCGGGCUUCCAGACAGCCUUCAGACCCCCAACACAGACCCAGACAGACCUGCUACAGAGCGCCGCCAUUGACCGCCACUAGGGACUCUCAAUACACAUACACACGCACACGCACACACACACGCACACGCACACACAAGUGUCGCUACCUGAAACAGGCAGAUACAGUAUAAAAAACUAUGAACAACUAAUAAGAUGAUGAUGAUAAUAAUAAUAAUAAUAAUAAUAAUAAUAAUAUAAUGUCUUAAUUUCUUCCUCCGACCAGAUCAUCUGCGCUUGUGUUUCAUGUCUCGGUUCAUGAUUGUUGGUAUGAGUAGGUCGAGGCCAGCUGUCCCAGCCACCCCUCCUAACAGACACACAACCAGAGUCUCUCUGGUAGAACAAGAAGCAGCAGCCUUUACUGAAUCUGAACAAGCUUUUAGAAUCACACGGCCACUUCCAAUCAUGUGCAGAAAGUGUGUUUGACAGAUGCUUAGGGAUCGAAUCAGCUGACAGAUGUGAUGAUUUGAAACAUGAUUGAACACGUCUCUUGAUAAACGUCUUCAACAAGCUGCAGCUGAGAAUCAGAGCUUUGCGUCUUUGAUCAGUAAAUGGAAGGUUCAGUAUGGCUAAGGUAUGGCAGAGCGUAAGGAGCCGCACAGCUUUGGUAUCUAGUAUAUCACCGACAAAAGAGCUUAGGGAGCAUGCAACUAUUUUGAGCGCUACAGUCUGCAAGUCAAGCUUUGAGAGUAGCCAGGCACGAUUUAUAAGAAUCACGUGUGUGACGGGGUUGGAGCUCAUAAGUCCAAGUAAGCCAGUUGAACAUAUGCGUAUGCGGCAUACGCACAUCCCAUCGUCUCUUUCUCUUAUCUUCCAUCUGGGCAGAAAGCACAGCCGUAAACGUUCCUACUGCUAUGGUCAUGGAAACGCUCCUAUUAGCUGUCGUUUGUUAUCUCUGCCAGUGUGUAAGAGGGCACGUUGAGUGUGUUCACCGGGGUUUGGCCAGUCAGAGAGACCUGACUUUAUAUCACGGUGGCUCGUAUAACGCACCUAGAUCUCUGACUGACGUGUCUGCUGCCAAGUGGCAUUGUGGGUAAUAUAGGAGCCAGGUUUUCUUUUACAGGAGACGAAUGCGUGCAAUAAAACAGGUAUCUCCGGUUCUGCUGUCCACCAUUGGGUCUGAUGUUAUUAUAGUAGCACUAAAUCAAUGGAGUUCUGUUUAAAUACACAGGAUCAAAGGAAUAAUGUCAAGAAAUGGAAGACGGCGUUAUUAAUGAUUGGAAGAGUUGCAAUUAAUGUAUGCCUGUAUAAUAGUCUCCACUACACGCUUCUGUUCCUACUACGGAGUAGGAUGGUGCAUCGACAACCGGUUCCAACUUGGAAUCUGAUUGUCUGUCCCAAAUUGAACACGCUCAAGUUUUGGUUUCUGUAGCGACCGCCGCCGUACUUUCAAGCGCCCGUUGUGUUGUAUGGCUUUAUUUUACGUUGAAGAAGCCGGCUGAAAGUGUAAAUCACUGUUGAAUCCUCCUAUCUGUGAAAUAAGCAUGUGACCCCCAUGAACUAAAGAUGGUUUUAUUCCAUUUUUUUGCUUCCCGAGACAGAGUAUCGAUCCAAUACCAGUGUGUCCUAUAGUUUAUUAUUUUUUAACAGCUGAUGCUACUAUCCUUGUAUAGAUGGGAUAUGAUUGCUAUCAUUGGCUCAGGGUAAACUCUUUGUGAAACAUGAACAAACACAAACGGUAUAGCCAUAGAACUUUCUUUAAGUAUCCAGUUUGACAAUCAGUUAUAACAGAAAUUUACUUCUUUACAGUAGUUUUUCUUUGGGUCUAAAUUACGUGAAAUCUGACUGGUGCAUAAAGUCCAGUACUUUCAAUACUGAUACCAGCAUUUGAGACAGUAUUUAAGUUUAGUUUUUUCCUAUACUGGUUUCACAACAGCUCUAGUUUCAACUCCACCCCUCAAAGAAUCGGAAUUGAUAAGAACCGGAAUAGAAAGAAAAUAUCUGAAUUGGAAUCGGCGUCUAGGUUACGCAUGUCCCUCUUGGACAUGGACAGAGCCUUCCGGUCUGUUCCAUAGAGUGAAGGUGGUGUAUCUGCGUGGUAGUUAGGCUGCUGGUAUAUUGAGCGUGUGUUGGCAAGACCUCUGUAUCAGAGGGUUGAAGCUGGACACACGAAGGAUGUGGUUUAGCAAAGUCAGUGCCACCGUGUGGCGCUCCAUGCCACCUGUCUUCAGACCCCUCGCCCAGUGUCCCAGAUCUCCAUGACAGCUUCGAGCCUCACCCGGCUGAGUGACAAGACGUUAUGGGCACUCCAUGUGGUCUAGGCAUGUGUAAUCUGGACUUGUUGAGACAGGAAAGGUCCCAGUUUAAGCUUCUUUAAUUGAGUGUGUCACCUUUUAGAUAUUUAAAUCAAAAGUUGGGCUGCAGCAGGAAACUCUUACCACAUACUUUCAUUUCAGAAGAUUGGUUGAUUGUUUAGGCGCUGUGUGCUGGGAUAGUAGAGCUUCAACUCAAACCACCAUAAGGUACACAUCAUGUACCCCUGUAUCAUCCAAAUACAUGCUAUUUGCGACAGCCCUUUUUUCAUAAGGUCCUGACAACUUUAAUAACAGUAUUAAACCGUAUUCUUGAGGAUUACACGCUAACAUGUUCUCACAAUGUUCAAACAUCUAAAAAUGAACAGCUGAGGUCUGGAGCACAAAACCAACUAAAUAUGAAAUAAAAGAGAAAAUAUCAA